CAUAAAUAUAAAAUAUGGACGAAGCAGAAUCUAGAGCGAAAUUGGCAAGGAAUUAUACUUUGUGGUAUUCAGGAGUUACUGCUCCUCCGAAAGCUGAAGAUUCUCAUAAUAAAUAUGAGAGUUUGAUUAAGCCAUUGGCUACUUUUGAGACUGUUGAGGACUUCUGGGCGGUUUAUCAGCAUUGUAAGAGGCCGGAAGCUGUAGAGACCAAGACUUGUUACCAUCUGUUCCAGGAAGGAAUUAAACCUAUGUGGGAAGAUGAGAAUAAUGAGAAAGGAGGCAGAUGGCAUGUAUGGCUGCCUAAAGGGCAUUCAAAUUGCCUCUGGGAAGACCUCCUCCUAGCUGUGAUUGGCGACCAAUUUAAAUUUGGAGAUGAUAUCUGUGGCAUAGAAGUUAGAACCAAAGUGAGAGGAGACACCAUUUCUAUUUGGCACAGACAUGCAGAUAAUGAAGAAGAGAAGAACCAGACAAAAGAAGACUUCCUCAAUGCUAUCAAUGCUCCAGAAGGAAUGGAAGUGGAAUACGAGAAGUUUGAAGAGAGUAUUAGAAAUUCAAAGGCUCCUCCCAAGAGAGGCAAAGAAGGAGGCUUCAGAAAAAGAGGUGGAAGAGGUAGAGGGAUGUAGAUUCUGUA